CAUCCGAGUGUCGCCGCUGGACUCUCAGUUCUCAUAUUUUCAUACUAGAGCUCUGUUACAAAAACUCCUGGAGCAAACUAACAACAUUUUGAGAGGUUUUUCUGACUAUCGAGCAGAAAUGUCCACCGACGGAAACGACGGACCACUUCUCAGGUCUCCAAGUGAGACGACCUCAAUCAACAUGGGAACUCAGAGAAGAUCUAACAAUCAGGCCCUGAAGGUGGCAGGAGUGACUCUGCUGGCCGGCAUACUGAUCGCAGGUCAGGCCUUCACCGCCUACAUGGCCUACAGCCAGAAGCAGCAGCUCAACACCCUGGAGAGACGCAGCGACCGCCUGCAGGAGAUCAGCCGCAAGUCUGUAAAUCGUGCCCCCUUGCAAAUGCAUCUCCCCAUGAGCUCCCUCGCUCUGAAAUACGUGGAAGAGCCUGAGGAGAAGAAGGAUUCCUCUUCCUCAAGUCCCAAACCAGAGCUCACCCAGUGCCAGAAGGAGGCUUCUGGGGAGGUCAAGAGCCUUCUGCCAUCUUUCCGCCCCAGGUGUGAUGAGAACGGAGACUAUCUGGCUGAGCAGUGCUGGGACAAGACUGAGUUUUGCUGGUGUGUGGACAAGAACGGCGUCGAGAUGCCUGACUCCCUGACCAACGGCACUACUAAGUGUCAGGACUUCAAUUCUGAGCCUAUGUUGGGAAGAGAUGGCCAUUGAAGAGGAGCAGCGAAGAGCAGUUCAAAUAUAAAUAGCAUUUUCUGCUAUCUUUAACAGUUCUACUUUCACAUUUAAUGGCUUGGUUUGAGGUUAAGAGCUUUUUUCAGCCGAUUAAGAUAUUUUCUGUCACAAUUGUGGAAAUUAAAGUUAAAUGUUUUCUAUUUUACUGGUAAUUAUUACAGACUACAGUAGAUUCUGCAGUGCUGACCUUUUAUGAAAAACUUUCACUUGAUGCAAUUGCUUUUUUUAACGAACCUUUGUAAAAUGGAUCGAGAGAGAGAAGUAAUAUGUAGAAGGAUAGCUGAAAUUGGACAAUGGAUAGCUAACAAAGAUGGACAAUAAAAUUCAUUACUAACUA